AUAUAUCAUAUCAAAUUUAUAGGUUAAGAAGGGAAGGUGGUGUCAUAUAUUUGAGUUUUUAGAACUACAAAACAAAGUGAACAGUGCAAAAAUAUUUCAAGAUUUAUCCGUGUUUAAAUAUUAAGUUUGGUCCUAGUGAUAGUCAACUCAGUUUUACUAGUAGAUAGAACGAUUUAAUAAUUUAUCAUUGGAAUACUUCUACAUCCUCCUGUUGUAUGAAUGUCAAUUUUUAUUUUAAGAAUAAGGAUACUGAGAAUUUCUAUGAAUUUGAUAGGAAACUGUCAAUACUGCUAUUUUGCUUAGGUUGAAAGCUAUCCGGCCUCGCAUCGUUUUGCUGCUAGUUGCGACUUAUAUGUAAUGGUUUUCCCAGUGGUUUUCCAGAUCUAUAUGAAAAACCAACAUUAAUAUAUCUGUGAUAAUUUAAAAUGUGAUUGGGAGCUUCUCAAAAGAAUUCACGUUAUACUUACACGCGUAUUUAAUUAAAUGGUCUCAUUAAAUUAACAAUUAACGACGGUCUCAAAAUGGAUAAAGGAGAUCACAAACAGAAAAAUUCCAAACGUCACACGGACGCGCAAGUGAACCGCCAUAAUAUUAACGUAAAUUCCAGCUCGGGAGUUUUGAUGGUCGGACCCAAUUAUCGAGUCGGUAAGAAGAUCGGCUGUGGUAAUUUUGGUGAAUUGAGGUUAGGUAAAAAUUUAUAUAAUAACGAACAUGUCGCCAUUAAAAUGGAACCGAUGAAGUCGAAAGCGCCGCAACUUCAUUUAGAAUAUAGAUUUUAUAAACUAUUAGGUAUACACGAAGGUAUACCAGAUGUUUAUUAUUUCGGACCUUGCGGUAAAUAUAACGCUCUAGUUAUGGAACUACUCGGACCUAGUUUGGAAGACUUGUUUGACAUGUGUGAUCGAAAGUUUUCUUUAAAGACUGUGCUCAUGAUCGCAAUUCAGUUGCUCCAUCGUAUAGAAUACGUUCAUUCUAGACAUCUUAUUUAUAGAGAUAUAAAACCGGAAAACUUCCUUAUCGGAAGAAGUAGUACUAAAAAAGAAAAAAUCAUCCACAUCAUAGAUUUUGGUUUAGCCAAGGAAUAUAUCGAACACGAAACGAAUAAACACAUACCAUACAGAGAGCACAAGUCUCUAACAGGUACCGCUAGAUACAUGUCGAUAAAUACUCAUUUAGGUAAAGAGCAAUCGAGACGAGACGAUCUUGAAGCGUUGGGACAUAUGUUUAUGUACUUUUUAAGAGGCUCCCUACCUUGGCAAGGUUUAAAAGCGGACACUUUGAAAGAAAGGUAUCAAAAAAUAGGAGAUACGAAACGUGCCACUCCGAUUUUUCUCCUGUGCGAAGGCCAUCCCGAAGAAAUGAGAAUAUAUCUGGAUUACGUGAGGAAAUUAGACUUUUUCGAAACUCCCGAUUAUGAAUAUCUGAGGGAACUAUUCGUUUCUUUAUUUAAUAAAAAAGGUUACGUCGACGAUGGAGAAUUCGAUUGGUCGGGGAAAAUAAUGAGCACCCCGAUAGGUACACUCCAAAGUAAUAAUAGUAAUAAUCAAAAAGUGGUCGUGUCGCCUAACAGAGAUAGGCAAGUUCAACACAAGACAAAUAAAACUGGUUGGCCGGAAACUUCGAAACAAAGCAAUUUAACGAAACUAGCACCGGUAGACUGUCACGGAUCGGUCCAGGUUGUGAGCUCCACCAACGGAGAAUUGAACACUGAUGAUCCUACUGCAGGUCACAGCAACGCACCCAUCACGCAAGCGCACGAAGUCGAAACCGUAGACGAAACAAAAUGUUGUGGAUUCUUCAAACGGAAGAAGAAAAAAGUCGUUCGAUCCAAAUGACUACAGUACAGUGAAACAGAUCAGCAGCUAGUACUAUUGUCGUCUAGGCGUAGCAACGCUACGUUGAACUGAGAUUCUCGUAUGAACGACCAACGUCAAAUUGUUAAUUAAAAUAUUUAUAGUAGAUAAGAAUAGUCCUGAUUAAACUUAAGAUUAAGUCCUAUCAUAUCUCCGUGAGGUUUUGUUUGGGGGCCUUACUCGCGCCAACAUUAAAAAAAACGAUCUAUUUAGUAUUAUUUUUAUAAUUUUCCAUAUCAACGCUUAACCCUUAAUUUGGCAACGAUCUAAUUUAUUGAUUAAACAAAAUUUUUUUUUAAAUUGUUCCUUAAGGUCUAAAUAAACUAAUUGGGUUCAUUUUUUGAUGAGAUAUGCAAGAUGUAUCUUGCCAAAUAAGCUGGUUUAAGGCUGGCGGCAAAAGUAAUGGAAACAACAAUCGACUGGUCGAUCAUUGUCUCAUCCUUUGACACUUCUGGAGCUUGUGAUGCAUCCUCUGCAUCAAAACGUUCCUUAACGUAUAUAUCUAAAACUUUUCUCGCUGCCUGAAGUAAUACAUCUUCACUCUCCAAAUUUUCUUCAUUCUCCCUCAUCUCCAGAGUCCGCCUUUGGCUUGGAAAGUGGAAAGAAUCAUAAGUAAUGUUCAAACCAUUAGCCGAAUUGGCAUCCUACAGGAUACAGAUGGUAAAACGUAAUUUUCUAGGUCAAUAUCAAUUGAAUUGAUUCAGUUUUUGUUCAAACAGAUGUUUACAUGUCAAUACAGGUGAAUAAUAAUUUAAAAAAGCUGAAUUCAGAUGAUAAAUAAUAGUAAAUUGGCUGAAAACUUACCAAUUACUUUAAUUAAACAAAAAAUACAUCAUGUAUUUAUUGGCAUGGAUUAAAAGAGAAAAAGAAACAAAAUUUUACUUUUUAAACACGACAUUGUUUAAAUGACGGCACUCCUCAAAACGUUUACGUACAACUUUUUAAAAAAGCGGUCGAGGAAUCUUAAAUCUGUCAAAUUUCGUGGUUUAUUCUCGUAGACCACGCUCUUAAGAUAACUCCACAAUAAAAAAUCGGGUGGGGUCGAGUCAGACCUCCGAGGUGGCCAUUUAAUAUCACCUCUUCGUGAAAUCAUCUUUUCUGGGAACAUUUCGUGCAAUGCAGCUAAUGUUAGUGGCGUGCAAUGUGGCCCCAUCCUGUUGGAACCAUGUCAGCCGGUUUUAAAGAUUAAUUUGUUGCAGUUGCAGAAGUUACAGUAAUUUCUAUCUUCAUACAAGUAAGGCCCAGGACUUUUGGGCUAUACAACGGGUGUUUUUGUAAAGUCUGUGGAUUCUUUUCUUACUAAAAACUACUAUUUUGGUUAGGAUUUACUCAUCGAUCCAAAUGAAAAUGUGCCUCAUCACUGAAGAACACGUUAAACAUUGCAUUCACAAAUUUCAAUCUUAUAACUUAAUCAUUUUCAUGCAGAGCUUGCACAAUCUCAAUUUUAUAGACGUUUAGGUGUAAAUCAGAUUAUGAGGUGAAUUGUCGGAUAAUCCCACGCUUUCUGACGGUGAAUCGAGGCUGCAGAAUCUGCUACUGACUGAAUGUUUCCGGGCGGUCUCGCAUUUCUUGGACGGCAGUGAUAAAUUUCCUCAAUAGUGUUUCCAGUAUUACUGGACGUCUAGAUCCAAGCUAAAAUUGUUGCAUGUUGCAUUUUCCGCAAUGUUGAACCGUCGAACUCGAAUAAGUGUAUUAGUGUACGGCGUGAUCGCGCUAGUAAACUACCCCCAACGCGUCUGCUUCCCAUUCACUCUUGAAAUAGUUGGAUCGUCUUGAGACACCCUGACAACGUAUACUAAUUGAUUUAAGAAAAACCUCAGAGGUCCAUUGAAGUAAAAACUUCAAAAUUUCAGUCUGUGACAGAGAUAGAAGAAAAUAA